AUGGGUGCAGCCUUCAGGAGGGCUUGCGUGAGAUUUUGCUGCUGCUGCUGCUGCUGUACUUUUGAUGAUGAGGAGGAGGAAGAAGAAAAGAGGCCAUUAUUCAGUAAUGAGACAUUAGAGUAUUUUGACCGCAAAGCUAAAAAGAGGCGGGACCAGGAGACCAACUUAUGGAGUGAACCAGGAGACCCUUCCCACUCAGAGAGAGAUGAUGACCGAGCACUUUACAAUCUGCUACAGAGCAGGGCCAGGACACGCAGGGGAUCACAGGGCUACCGCCGGCUGAGUGUGGACAUAGAGGCUAUGCGGGAGGUUAGGAGAGAAGUGCGAGACAAGUGGAAGAUGAUCCUGGAGUAUCUGGGGUUUAUGACAGAGGCCGAAUCACUGCUGACCGUGUCUGCGAGUGCGUCGUACGAUCGCAUGUGUAACGCGUCGACGGCACGAACUCUCCUUCAAACGCUUCAUGCUGAGACAUCGAUCUUCAACAGCAGAGAACCCCCACCUGAAAGAUAUCUCUUCAUCCUGGACCGGUUGAUCUACCUAGAUGCUGCAGAUGACUUUGUGGCUAAAGCUCGUCGUUUCUACCCACCUAGAGAUAACGAUGAGGAGGAACAGGAGGAAAUAGUUAUGAAACUGCCUCACCUACUAUCCAGGGUAAACCAGAGCAUGUCUGGAGGAGAGGAAGAGGAUGAGGAAGGAGAGGCCAGUGAACAAGAUGAUUCACUUCAGUGAUUUCAGCUGUACUUGCACCUGCUCAUCUACAAAGGGUAGGGCUAGUUGUCAGGGCUAGAGUAAGGCUGAAGUUAAGUGUUAAGUUAAAGCUAUUAUGUGUUAAUGGACAGUUUUAGAGGUUGAUUUUAGACUGAUUUUAAGGUUUUGAUUCAAGCUACUUGGGCCAAGAGCUUUUUUAUGAGGAUACAGUUAGCUCAUAUCUCCAUUAAUCCAUUAUUUCAUGUAUGAAGGACCAAAAUAAGCAGAUAUCAAAUACAAGCAAAGUGCAUUCUAAUAAUACCAAUAAAAACAUGAUGUGAACCAAGUUUGUCUUGUGCUGUAAUCUUGCAUAUCCUCUGAUCUUUCUCCAAGGCUGUCUCAUCUGGUCCAGCAGCCCAAUGCCAAUAAAUGUGCCAAUAAACAGUCCUGCUGA